UUAAAAGUAGCUAUAGUAAUUGGUCUCGCUCGAUCGAUCCAUCGAUCAAUCGACCCACCAGGGGCCAAUGCUUUUUUAAAGUACACUCGCAAAAGCUCGAGAAGAGGAAAGAAGAAAUAUAUAAAAGCUAUGGAGCAAUUUCUGGCGAUGGCGGAUAACCUAUAACAGUGUCUUGCUAUUACCUUUUUCUCCUUCGCGUUUUGUUCAUCCUCCCCAUCUUAAAAGCUCGGAGCUUUGUUCGAUUGUCUCGCAUGCUGGCUGUGUCUCCACCGAUCGCAACAGAGCACUGGUGCUGCUGCUACUCGCUUUUGUCUCGUCUCGAUUAGCUCCAAAGAUCUCGCUGGUGAGGAGCUCUUUUCUUUAGCGAUUCCAGGAGGAGGAGAUAAGCCCUUUAGCUCGGCCUGCCUGGCUAUAUCGAUUGAUAGAUCUUCUUCUUCCUCCUCUCCUCCUCAUCCCAAAUCUCUGGCAAGAACAACAACAGCCCAAGACAAAGCAUUCACUCCAAAAGCCUGCCAAGCUCUUGCCAGAUUUGGGCUGCAUUUCUCUGUCAAGCAGGAGUGGUGGUGGUUCUGCUGCAUCCGCAUUCACAGACUUCCUCCUCGCAAAUCGACAUCGCAUCGACUACCCGCGCCCUAGAUAGCGAGCAGGGGAUUGUUUGGGGCAGGGGGCGUAGUACCAGCGAUCAAUCCAGCAUGCCGGGGUGAUUACAGCAAGUGGGCGCCGCGGAUCCGAUCAGAGCGCGCAAUUGGGUCGUCGCCCAUGUAGCUGGAUUCUCCGGGCGGCCAGCAGCGAGCGCGAAUUUUGGAGAUGGGGGUUUUGAACGACAAGCUCUCGGAGAAGACGUCUCUGUUUGGGCUCAAGGUAUGGGUGGUUCUGGGCAUUGCCGUGGGCGCCUUCAUCGGUUUCAUCCUGCUGCUCUCGCUCUGGCUCAGCUCCCGUCGCAGCAAAUCGCGCAAGAUCGACGACACAUUCACCACUCUCCACAACAUCCCCAAUGUCUCCAAAGAGAUCCAGGAGGUCCGGAUUGACAAGAGCCAUCACUACAACUCGCCCUUCUCGCCAUUCGCCCCCAAUGCUGCUGCCGCUCCUCCUCCUCCUCCUUCUCACGACGAUCACAAGCUCGUUGUUCGCGUGGUGGACGACGAGCCAGUGUGUGUGGUCGUCCCUCCACAGAAGAAGGAAGAACAGCACGACGAAGAAGACGAUCUCAGAGCUCCCACAGUGGUCUCGGUGGAUGAGAGCGUGGUGGAGAUGGAUCGGGGUGUGUUCAUGGCAGCUGCGGCGGCUGGAACUCCACGGCGGAGCUCGUUUGAGAGUGAUGUUGGGUCGAUUGAUUCGCGCUCCACGGUUCCCGAGGUCUCGCAUCUGGGGUGGGGGCACUGGUACACGCUCCGGGAUCUCGAUGUCGCCACUAACGGCUUCGCCCCGGGCAAUGUGAUUGGAGAGGGCGGCUAUGGCGUCGUCUACAGGGGGCGAUUGCCGGACGAUACACUCGUGGCUGUCAAGAACCUCAUCAACAACAAGGGCCAGGCCGAACGAGAAUUUCGAGUGGAAGUGGAGGCGAUUGGAAGGGUGAGGCACAAGAAUCUGGUGCGAUUGCUGGGCUACUGUGUGGAAGGGAACUACAGAAUGCUCGUCUACGAGUACGUAGACAAUGGGAACUUAGAACAGUGGCUCCACGGCCCGGUGGCCCUAUCCAAAACACCAGGCUGGGAUGCUCGCAUGAAGAUCGUUCUCGGCACCGCCAAAGCGCUCGCCUACUUACACGAAGCUCUGGAGCCCAAGGUCGUCCACAGGGAUAUCAAAGCGAGCAACAUAUUGCUCGACUCUCGCUGGAACUCUAAAGUCUCGGAUUUUGGCUUGGCAAAGCUGCUGGGAUCGGAAAAGAGCCAUGUAACUACCAGAGUCAUGGGAACUUUCGGAUAUGUCGCUCCUGAGUACGCCAACACGGGGCUUUUGAAUGAGAGAAGUGACGUCUACAGCUUUGGUGUGCUUCUUAUGGAAGUCGUGACGGGACGAGACCCAGUCGACUAUGCGAGGCCUGCUGGCGAGGUGAAUCUUGUAGACUGGCUCAAGAUGAUGGUCGGGAGUAGACGAUCGGACGAGGUGGCGGACCCAAGGCUGGAGGAGAAACCAUCGCCAAGAGCUCUCAAGAGGGCGCUGCUCAUCGCUUUGAGGUGCGUGGAUCCCGACGCUGGCAAGAGGCCGAGAAUGGGACAUGUUGUUCAUAUGUUGGAAGCCGAGGAGUUUCCCUUCCAAGACGGGCGAAAGGUGGCCAAGGAAGCUAAUCGAACGAAGCAAACCGAGAGCCAGAACCAGAUGAAAAUGGUGCAAAGCUUGUCGAAAGAGGUUCAAGUUUUGGAACAACACGGCAGCAGCAGCGGUGAUGCUCACGAGAGCCCCAUGAACAAGUUUUUCAUGAAGAGGUGGAGAAAGUACGAAGUCAGCUGAUUGACACACUAAUUCUUUUCUUCUUUUUUCUUCGCCAAUUCUUUGCUCUUUUUUUCCCAAGGAAUCUUCCCGCUGCUGCUGCGUUCUCCAUUUUUUUCUUUCAUGUUUGGGUCUCUGUACAGAAGAAAAAAGAAACACACCCAGUCAGAAAAUCAGCGUAGGGGUGUUUCAGGGAUAUGUGAGUGAAAGAAAUGAAAACAAGAUUACUAUAGUGUUGUCAUACCUUUUUAGAAAUAAAUAAAAUUCUCUCCA